AUGGUGACUACUUCUUCUAAUCACUCAGAGAUUAUCACUUUAUAUGAGGCCUCACGAGAAUGUGUAUGGUUGAGAUCGUUGAUACGACACAUUUGUGGCUCGUGUGGUCUAGCGAAGGACGAUAUUACCCCCACUGUCCUUUAUGAUGAUAAUGCAACUUGUGUUGCACAAAUGAGCAGUGGAUAUGUAAAAGGAACCAUGACAAAACAUAUUACGCCAAAAUUCUUUUAUCCACAUGAGCUCCAAAAGAAUGGAGAAAUCACCAUCGAAAAGGUUCGCUCAAGUGACAAUCUUGCAGAUUUGUUCACCAAAUCUCUGCCUACAUCCACUUUUGAGAAAUAUGUUCACAAUAUUGGCAAAGGUGGCGUUUACUGGCUUCAAUAG